AUGACCGUGGGGUCGGUGGUAUUUCUUCAGCGUGUGUCCGUCCUCCUCGGUGGAAGUGCUCGCAUGCCCUUCCUCGUCGCCUAUCUCUCCGGACGCUGUGCUUUCGCUGCUGAUGAAGCCCCUCAACCGUCUCUUUGCCGCGUUCGUCGCGUCCUCGAAACAUGCUGGGCCCAGUCCAGCACCCCGGUGGUCUACACCGACCCCGGGACUGGCAUCACGUUUGAUACGUGGACCGUACCCACGAGCCAGACCGCGGGCGGCCUCACUUUCGGCGUGGCCCUCCCCAGCACGGCGUUGACUACGGACGCGACCGAGUUCAUUGGAUACCUGCAAUGCGCGUCCACCGACGCCACGCAAACGGGAUGGUGCGGCAUCUCCCUCAAGGGAAGCAUGACCAGCAACCUCCUGCUCAUGGCGUGGCCCUACGAGGACACCAUCCUGACCUCCUUCCGCUUCAGCUCGGGCUACGUCAUGCCAGACGUGUACGCGGGCAACGCGACCCUGACGCAGAUCUCGUCCGCCGUCAACGCGACGCACUACACGCUGCUCUUCCGCUGCCAGAACUGUCUCUCCUGGAACCAGAACGGGGUGACGGGUUCCGCGUCGACCAGCUCCGGACAGCUGGUGCUCGGAUGGGCGCAGUCCGUCGCGGCGCCGGGGAACCCGUCCUGUCCCGCGGAGAUUACGCUGCAGCAGCACGAUGCGCAGGGUAUCUGGGUGGCGAAGCUCGAUUCGUCGGCUGCGAGCGCGUCCUACACGCAAUGGACGGCGCUGGCGAACAAGACUGUCCCCGGCGAUUGCUCUGGUGGCGGUGGUGGCUCCGGUCCCGUCGGGGUGCCGGUGCCUGCUGGAACGACGUUUGAUUAUGUGGUUGUGGGUGGCGGUGCAGGCGGUAUCGUGGUUGCAGACCGGCUCAGCGAGGCCGGACACCGCGUGUUGCUGAUCGAGAAGGGGCCCCCGUCCUCGGGUCGGUGGGGGGGAACCAUGAGGCCUGCCUGGCUGGACGGGACCAACCUGACCCGAUUCGACGUGCCGGGGCUGUGCAAUCAGAUUUGGCAUGAUUCCGCGGGGAUCGCCUGCGACGAUAUCGACCAGAUGGCGGGUUGCGUUCUGGGAGGGGGCACGGCGGUCAAUGCGGCUUUGUGGUGGAAGCCUUAUCCACUUGACUGGACCUAUAAUUUCCCCGCCGGCUGGCAGGCGGAGGACAUGGUCUCCCCGACGAACCGGGUCUUCGCCCGGAUCCCCUGGACCGUCCAUCCUUCCGCGGACGGAAAGAUCUACAUGCAGCAGGGCUACAAUGUCAUCGCGGGCGGUCUCCAAGCAGCCGGCUGGCAGGAGCUGACCUUGAACGACAACCCGUUGUGGAAGAACCAUACCUAUGGCCAUACCCCGUACAUGUUCUCGCACGGCGAGCGCGGCGGACCCAUGGCGACGUAUCUUGUGUCUGCCAGCGCGCGAAGCAACUUUCAGCUCUGGACGAAUACGAGCGUCAAGCGGGUGGUCCGCACCGCUGACGGGCAUGUCACUGGCGUCGAGGUGGAGGCUUUCCUGGAUGGCGGAUACGCGGGCGUCGUCAACGUCACGGCAAAUACCGGGCGUGUAGUUCUCUCGGCUGGGACGUUUGGGACGGCCAAAAUCUUGAUGCGAAGUAUCCUGGCCCUUUACUCCUUGAGUAUCGUGAAGAGCUCGACAGAUGGUUCCACGAUGAUUGCCGAGUCGGCCUGGAUCAACCUUCCCGUGGGCGAGAAUCUUGUGGAUCACGUCAAUACGGACACCGUUGCUACUCACCCUGACAUUGUCUUCUACGACUUUUACGCGGCGUACGAUGACCCGAUCAAGAGUGAUGCGUCGAACUAUCUCAGCAUCCUGACCCAGUCUGCUCCUAACAUCGGUCCGAUCUUCUUCGACGAAAUCCUCGGCGCCGACGGCAUCACCCGCCAGAUCCAGUGGACCGCGAGAAUGGAAGGGGGCCAUGAUACGCCUGAUGAUCACGCGGUCACCAUGAGCCAAUACCUCGGCCGGGGCUCCACGUCGCGCGGACGCAUGACCAUCACUGCAAAUCUGGACACGGUCGUGUCGACGCUGCCGUACCUGCGGGACCCGAACGACGUGGACGCUGUCAUCCAGGGAAUCGUCAAUCUGCAGAAUGCGCUCAAGAGCGUCGGGUUGAACUGGACCUAUCCUGCGGCCAACGUCACGGCAGCGGAGUUUGUCAAGACGAUGGAAAUCACAGCGAGCACCAGACGCGCGAACCACUGGCUGGGGACAUGCAAGAUGGGCACCGACGACGGCCGGAAUGGCGGCACGGCGGUGGUGGACACCAACACCAAGGUCUACGGCACCAACAACCUGUUCGUCGUGGAUGGCAGUAUCUUCCCGGGCAUGGUGACCAGCAACCCCUCGGCGUAUAUCGUGGUGGCGGCUGAGCAUGCGGCGGAUCGGAUUCUUGCUUUGGCUAGUUAG